AUGUCUUCGUUUGCUGAUGAGGUCGAGUACAAGCUCGAUGCCGUCCAGGCAACGCAGCUGGCUGCCGGCGAUAUCGACAAGGCGUUCCGCCCAGCAUGCAUUGAUCUCGUCUCGGCGGGACUCGGCGGCAAGGUCCUCGGCUUCUCAGACGAAUGGUUCGCCGAGGCCAGCAACCUCCUGACCCCCACGGCGCCCAUCAGCCAGCCGGGCAAGAUGGUCUACACCGGAGCCUGGUACGACGGCUGGGAGACUCGACGCCACAACCCCGAAGAGUUCGAUUGGGUCGUCGUCCGCCUCGGUGUUGCCUCAGGCAUCGUCACGGGUGUUGAAGUCGACACGGCCUUCUUCAACGGUAACAACGCCCCCGCCAUCUCCGUCGAGGGCUGCUUCAGCGACAACGAUGACGAGGUCGUCUCGUGGAAAGGUGGACGAGGCAAGUGGGAGACCGUCCUCAACAUUCGAGAGUGCGGGCCGUCUCAGAGGCACGGCUGGAAGCUCGACGUGCCCACGACGAAGCAAUACACGCACGUGCGGCUCAACAUGUACCCGGAUGGAGGCAUUGCCAGAUUCCGCCUGUACGGACACGCAGUCCCCGUGUUUCCCGAGGACAAGGAGGCAAUCUUGGACCUCGCGGCGGCGCAAAACGGCGGCAUUGCCAUCUCGUGUAGCGAUCAGCACUUUGGCUCCAAGGACAACCUGCUGCUGCCGGGCCGGGGCAAGGACAUGGGCGACGGCUGGGAGACGAAGCGCUCGCGGGGCAAGGGCCACGUCGACUGGACGAUUGUCAAGCUGGGAGCUCCGGGCUACAUCCAAGAGUUUCUCGUGGACACGGCGCAUUUCAGAGGCAACUUCCCGCAAAAAGUGGCCGUCCAGGGUCUGUCGUGGCAAGGAGAGGGCCAGCCCGAGGCGGACUCGGAGGGAUGGCUCGAGGCCGUACCGCCAAGCAAGACGGGGCCCGACCAGGAGCACAAGUUUGCGUCUGCCGUGGCGGAUGUGCCUUUGACGCAUGUGAAGCUCAUUAUGAUACCCGAUGGAGGAGUGAAGCGAUUCCGCGCAUUUGGGAAGCGGGCAGCCUAG